UUAACAUUUUCAUCUGUCGCGCAUUCCAAAAACCAACUCCAUCGAAUACUAGAAGAGAGAGAAACUGCAUGGCUGAAAGAAAACAACCAAACGGAACUGGCGCUGGGUCUGGACAAGUGACCAUGUCCGAAUACAAGAAGGCGCAAGCUAGAGUUCGGGAUUUGGUUGAGAAACGCAGGGCUCUAGAACGACGCUUGACACAAGUUGAAGAUGGGAUCGCGCAGAAGGAAACCAUCUACCUUGACAGCACACCGAGCGGCAACAUCAUCACAGGCUUUGACAACUACAUGAAAGGCAUGAGCGGCGCGGCAGCACAGCGAAGAAAGGUUGGCCCGAUGGAACAGAACCGCGUCUUUUCACGAUCAUCAAUCUCAUAUCGACCGAACAAUCUGGAGGGCAUCACCCCAGGAUCAGGAGGCUCUACACCAGCUGGCGCGACGCCUUCUUCUGCCGCUUUUCGUGACGGACCCUCGAACCAUCCGACACCGACAUCUACAACGGCAGCUAAGAAUGUGAACAAGUCGAAGAAGAAGACGGUCGAGCAUGAGGAUAGCGAAAAUGAUACAUCAACGAGCAAGAAGCGCACGAAUUUCGGAGCGCAACGCAAGUAGACAUGCGGCAAUAUACUGUAUAAUGGGAUUGGGCGUUAAAGCAAAAGAAAUGCAACUGGAAGCGUGAUCUGGAUGGCGUUAGGGUACCAUGAUAGAAUAUACUCCUUUCUUGGGUUUGUGAUUUAUUG